AUGGACAAGCAGCUUGCCAACGAACCAUGGUAUCAUGGACUGCUCCCACGUGAAGACAUUAAGAUGAUGCUUCGUAGCAAUGGUGACUUCCUAGUACGGACUACCGAGCCCGUAGCAGGCAAACCACGGGCCCUUGUUUUGUCUGUUAUGGUCAGGCAGGAGCUUGAAGACCAGGGAAUUAAACACUUUGUUAUCACCGUUCUGCCGUCCGGUAAAAUCAUGAUCGAAAAGUAUGCUUUCGAAUCGGUCAGCUCUAUGGUUGAAUAUCACCUCAGCAAGAAAGACUCUAUUACAAAGGUUCGUGAGGGAAAACAUGUGUUUUCACAACAAACAAGAGUCUUAGUGAAGCUGCGAGAAGAGUAA